CCAAGAGGUUGUGGGGAUCUCUUGAGAUCUGAGGCUGCUCGGUCUCAGCAUCGUCGCAGUUCUUCUCGAACUCUCGCGCGAUGCCUGCCGCGCUGUCGACGCCGAGCAAGAGCGGCCCUGCGGGCUCGCCUGGCUCCGCCGCGGCGGCUUCGCCUGGCCUGUCGGCAACGCGGAGCUUCCUGGCCAUGCGCGUGCCAUUUCCAGCGAAGACUGGCAACCAGAUGAUCGACGACGAGGCGAUGGCGCGCAGGGAGUGCUUCAUGACGAUCAUCGACGAGUGCUCGGCGAACAGUGGUCACAUCUUGCCGUUGUUCAACGAGUUGAACAAACGCAUGAGGGCCAUGGCGAAGGAGGUGCGCUGCGAGGGGGCCAAGUUCGACGUCUUGGCGAAGACGUUCGCGCAGACCGACGAGGAGUUCAUGAUCAGGGUCGUGGUGGAGAUCUCGGACCUCUCGCUGCAGGACGUGGUCAAGGCGAAGCAGAUGGACGACGGCGCCGUGUUCCAGCUGAUGCAGUUCGCGCUUCAGUACCCUAAGGGGUUGAAGUAUCCCGAGGAGGCUCGGGUGGUGGAGGUGCUGAGUCGGGUCUUCAAGACUCGUAUCGAGGUCGCUGGCCAGCGGCUCAAGAAGUUCAAGCAGAACGGUGGUGUUUCGAGUACUGGGAUGUUGUGCUGGAAGGUUGGCUGCUUCGUCCUCAAGUCCAUCGAUGGGCUUCUCUCGGAGGUAGGCCACGCGAACGGCGACAAGGAGCCGCCGAUGCCGCCCGUGCUCCUCUGCGAGUUCUUCAAGGCAUCGCGCACGGGCCCCUACAAGAUCACGAAGGUGACGUCGUCGUCGAAGGACUUCGCGAAGGAAGUGCUGAACACCUUCAACGCGCACAAGAAUGAGUUGGAGGCCGUCGUCCAAGGCCAGGGUUCCAGCAGCUCCAGCAGCAGCGCUGGCGAGGUCCGUGGGCAGUUGAAGACCCUCGUCUCGGAGAAGAAGAAGAAGGCCAUGCAGAAGGCCAGGCAGAGCGCAGCCGAGAAGAUGGCUGAG